AGAGAAAGAGCUAGCAGCUGUCAAGAUAAAUGCAGCUGAGGUUGACAUAAUCGCAAGCGAACUUGAGUUGGACAAGAAGAUUGUCGAGACAACCUUGCGAGAGCACGAAGGCGACGCGGUUGCUGCUGUACGCCAUUUACUGUGCUGACCUCUGUAUUCUUCACUACUUCAAGGUUUACGGGGUAAACUUUUCUGAGAAUCAUAGAACCAUAGGAUUUGUGGCGGAAAUGCACUUUGUGUGCUUCACUUUUUUCCCUCUUUUUUGAGAACUCUGCAAACCUUUAACGUGAUUUCUAAUCCUUGUGGAACACAUCAGAUUGCCUUUAAGCCAUUUGGCGAACUGGUAGGUGUUGUAGGAUAAGGACUCAAUAUGUUCACGGGUUUGGUUUGCCAUUGCCCCCAU